CGCAGUGUGAGUGUAGACUGCAGCGCUCGCCUCUUAACAGCGCGUACUGGUGACGAGCACAGACUCGGGAGCGCGCAGCGGCAGCAGGAUUAACGGGAAUGAUCAUGCGCGUGGGAAAACUGGUGUUGUGUGUCAUAGCUGUGUGUGUGUGUGAGGGUUAUGUGUUUCAGGCUGGUCAGUCAUCAGCAGAAGAAUCCGACACACCUGAACUGAUCCGAGGCUCGUGUAAGGGGCGGUGCUUUGAGCUGAAGGAGGCGGAGCCACCCAACUGCAGGUGUGAUAAUCUGUGUAAAACGUACCUGAGCUGCUGCUCGGACUUUGAUGUGCAGUGUCUCAAAACAGCUGGAGGCUUCGAGUGCAGUAAAGAACGCUGUGGAGAAGUCAGAAAUGAAGAUUACGCCUGUCAGUGUUCUGAAGACUGUCUGGAGAGAGGAGACUGCUGCACUAACUACAGAUCACUCUGCACGGGAGACAGCUCUUGGUUGGAGGGUGAGUGUGAGGAGAUCAUGAGUCCAGAAUGUCCUGCAGGGUUUGUUCGUCCUCCUCUGAUCAUUUUGUCUCUGGAUGGUUUCCGUGCCUCUUACCUAAAGAAAGGAAAAACUGUCUUGCCCAACAUCCUCAAACUGAGAUCGUGUGGAACUCACGCCCCUCAUAUGAGACCCAUGUACCCAUCCAAAACCUUCCCAAACCUCUACACCCUGGCUACGGGUUUGUAUCCAGAGUCUCACGGGAUUGUGGGUAACUCCAUGUAUGACCCCGUGUUUAAAGCUCAUUUCAAACUGAGAGGCCGAGAAAAACUCCGGCAUCGCUGGUGGGGUGGACAGCCUAUAUGGGUGACAGCAGAGAAACAGGAUGUUAAAGCCGGGACGUUUUUCUGGCCCUGGGUGAUUCCAUUGGAGAGGAGGAUUCUGACGAUUCUUCGGUGGCUUCAUCUGUCUGAUGAUGAGAGACCGUAUGUUUAUGCUGCUCAUUCUGAACAACCCGAUACAUACGGACACCUGCUGGGUCCUCUGAACAAUGAGCUGGAUAACACUCUGAGGAAGAUUGAUAACAUCAUCGGUCAGCUGCUGAACGGACUGAAGCAGAUGAAUCUUCAUCGCUGUGUGAAUGUGAUUCUGGUGGGAGAUCACGGGAUGGAGGAAUCUCAUUGUGAACGCACAGAGUAUUUGAAGUCUUAUGGACUCAAUGGGGAUGAUCUCACACUCAUUCCCGGAUCCUCCGGCAGAAUCGCCCCCAAAAACACCAACACACAAUAUGAUCCUAAAGAGAUUGUGGCUAAUUUAACAUGUAAGAGACCAGAUCAGCACUUUAAACCCUAUCUGAAACAACAUCUGCCCAAACGCCUGCAUUACACUAACAACAGACGCAUCGAGGACGUGCACCUGCUCAUGGAGAGGAAGUGGCAUGUAGCCAUAUCACAUGUUACCUGCGGCUUCUAUGGAGAUCAUGGAUAUGACAACAAGAUCAACAGCAUGCAGACGGUCUUUCUGGGAUUUGGUCCAAGCUUCAAUUUCAAGACACAAGUGCCAGUGUUUGAGAACAUCGAGCUUUAUAACGUCAUGUGUGAUCUGUUGGGUUUGACUCCAGCUCCUAAUAACGGGACUCACGGCAGUUUAAACAGUGCAUUGAGAAACCCCCCAUACACCCCCACACGACCAGAGGAAGUGACAUCACCUGCACCUUUAGCUCCACCCACCGAAGUCAUCCAAGACGUGAGCUGUAACUGUGACGAUGAGAAUAACAUUGAAGAAAAUUCACAGAUAUUUUCACUGGAGGUGGACGGACAGAUGAACAAUGGCACACGCCUGCCGUUUGGGCGUCCAGCUGUUCUGUUCUACACGUCAUACACACAACUGUGUCACACACACUUCUGCAGCGGCUACAGUCACCACAUCAACAUGCCGCUGUGGACAUCGUUUACACUGACAGCACAGGAGGAUGUUCCAGUGGUGUCGUCCAGCGAGUGUGUGAGAGCAGAUCCUCGUCUUGAACUCAAACACACAUGCAACAAAUAUAGCGAAGAACCUGAUGUCACACACGCUUUCCUCUACCCACCCGAUUUCUCUGCCAAUGCUGACUCCAGAUAUGAAGCUUCACUCCUAACAAACACAGUGCCCAUGUAUCCUGCUUUUAAACGAGUUUGGCGUUAUUUGCAGCGUGAGGUCUUCCACAGGUUCAGUUUACAGAAUAAUGAAGUGAACAUGAUCGUCGGGCCUGUGUUUGAUUAUGACCACGAUGGACUGAGAGACACAAACGACAAGAUCAUAGAGCAUGCAGUGGGGUCUGUGUAUAUUCCUACUCAUUUCUACAGCAUCAUAAGCAGCUGUGAGCGACAGAAUGCCACGCUGGACACAUGUGAUGAAGAUCUGAGCAUCACCUGCUUCGUUCUGCCACACCGACCAGACAACAGUGAGAGCUGCAGGAACUCCGAGGAGGAGUCCCGCUGGGUGGAGGAUCUGUUGAAGUUACACACAGCACGUGUGCGAGACGUUGAGAUACUGACGGGUCUGGACUUCUACCGCUCCACCGCGCUGCCGUACACUCGUGUGCUGGCGCUCAAAACACACAUGCAGACGUUUGAGGAGGACGUGUAACGACACACCCGGAGCUUUCUCUGUACCGUUUAUACACUGUCAUAUUUAUUACUCACCUCAACUAAUAAUGAUCAAACAUCGCACAUCUCACAACAAUACACAUCCACAGUCACGCAACCAGAGUUCAGCUUACGUUAAAACAGCGAGUGUGUGCCUGUGCGUGUGUGUCUGUUGUGUAUUUGUCCUUGUGUUGCGUAACGCCUGUGCACACAAGAAAAAGCAGUAGUGUUUAAUGAUAGUGACCUCAUCUGGACUUCACAUCAUGACAAAAUCUUCACAGUAAUUCUGGUGUCUUGUGAAUGUAGUGUCAGACCAGAGGAAGUGAUGUCAUCUCACUAACAGACGUCUGUUUCUACAUCAAUAAAUUCUCGUCCUGUCAGAAAAAACA